AUGUUUUGCGUAGCGGAGUCAGUCUUCGGUGAACGGAAAGCAAAGAAAUUUCAAAAAGAAAACUCGUUCACGAUGAUCAGAAAAAUAGGCAGCAAGAAUCAAGAGUUUUUGUAUUUCAAUACGAACAACGACACGACAAUCGCGAAACGAUUGAUGAGCAAAACUGUUAACGUGAAUACGAAAUCGAUCGUUGAUCAAUCGCCGAAAGAAGAGAAUAAAAUUGCGACGCCUCGAGAUGUUCUGAACGAUUUCCUGGAGAGCACGUCUGUACAUGGCUUACAGUAUUUUGGGAAAAUUGAUAUUAAGGUUGGAGCUGUGGGGAAAGUCUUGUGGACUUGUGCGAUGCUUACUGGAUUUGUUUGUCUGAGUCUAAUGGUGAUGCAAUUUCUAACUCGCUACCGGGAAAAUCCGACGAAUACGUUCAUCAAAGAUUUUACAGCACCGAUAUUCAAAGUACCAUUUCCGGCAGUAACCAUUUGUCCUCUGACGCCGGCGUCCAUGAGCAAGCGAUUAGCCAUUUUGGACAGCACUAUUUUGCCCGCGAACAUGAGCAGAGAGCUCGCUAUGUACUUUUUGAAAUUUGGUCAUCAAAUAACGCUUCCUUAUGGGUUGGCCAUUUUCAACCACACCGAAAAGUUGGAACUGCUCCUGAAGACGAAUAAAUGGACUAUAUUGGAUUUUUUGAAGAUGUUGCAUCCCUGCGAGGAUAUAUACGAAUCCUGUUGGUGGAACAACGAACGUGUUGAUUGUAAUAAGUUCAUCAAGUUCUCUCACACCUCUUACGGUUUAUGCUGCUCUUUUAAUUACGUUCUGGAGCAAUCUCAACCAAAGAUAAUGCCAGUAACUUCAGUUAGUUUUGGUCCAUGGAGCGGUUUGAAACUAGUAAUAAAGAAGGAAAUACUCGCCUUUGAUAAGGACGAUGAUAACAGUACCGUGAAUCGUGCUUACGGUGUCGGGGUACGAAUUUAA